AUGCUUCGGUGGUUGGCCUCUCUUCUCGUUUUACCGGUUCUUUUGCUCGCCGAAGUCGUCCCGCUCACUUCGCAGACAUUCGAUCAGACACUCCGUUAGUUUCCGGCGCUUUUUUGCAAGAAGAAAAUAAGAAAAAUUAGGAAUUUGCUCUUGGAAAUUGAGGGGAAAAAUUGAGAGAAUCACUGCAAUCGCCAAUUGCACAUUCAUAUUGUACCUUGUUAAUUUAAAAAAAAUUGGGCGUGGCCUAUUUUAUCAGCUGAAAAAGGGGAAAAGUAUAAACGAUGAGGUGGGAUAAUCGAAAUACCGUUAAAAAUUGCCAAAUCGGCUAAAUUUGGGAACAUUCAAAGAAUCUAACUGAUUGUAAAAUUGGGAAGUUUAGAUGAAAACCGAGAGAAACAGUAAAAAAUUCAAAACAUUUGCAGAAUCUAACGAGAUCGUUUUUGUAAAUUUCUACGCCGAUUGGUGCCGAUUUUCGCAAAUGCUCAAGCCGAUUUUCCUGGAAGCUUCUGAAAAAUUCAAGGUAAUUUCAAUGUUUCCUUCAAGUUUCUCAAUAUAUUCUUGCAGGACGCUGCCCCCGGAAAAAUUGUGUGGGCUUCUGUGGAUGCCGAUAAAAAUAGUGAGCUUUUAGUUUUUAAAGAAUACGAACAAUGGUGUGUUGCAGAUGAUUUGGCGACAAAGUACCACGUGAACAAGUAUCCGACGCUGAAAUUGUUUCGAAACGGAGAAGUGACCAAGAGGGAGUACAGGUUGGGACGCCUUGUAGAUUUUGAAAACAAAACACGAAUUUAACUCACAAAUUGUUUGCAGAAGCUCUCGAUCGGUGGAAGCAUUGAGUGCGUACAUUGAGAAACAAAUGGAAUCGACGCUGAAAAAGUUCAUCGACAAAAACGCGCUUCACGCGGCUCAUAAUGUACGUUUUUCUAGCGAAAUAUCGAUUUUUUCGCUUUUGUGAAAUUUCGCGCCGUUUUCAGCCGGAAAAGAACACGUUCAUCGGAUAUUUCGCCGACGAAUCGUCGCCGGAAUUCAAAAACCUCCAAAACGUGGCGCUUUUCUACCGCGAAGAGUGCGAAUUUAUGGUCGGAAUCGGAGAGCUCAACUUCCCCGGAGAGGCCCCGGCGGCCGGACAGGCCCCCAAAUUAGUCUUCCAGCCGUCGAACAAGGUCAUCGAUCAGGCACAGGUGCCCUUCUCCGGAGACUUUGCCACUUAUGAGUACCUCAAGUGCGUUUUUUAAAAAAGUUUUCGGGGUUCUUCAUGACCAGUACUUGCAAGCCGGGAAGCCCGCAGAGGGCGACGGAAUCUAACGCAAAAUUGCGGACGUCGAAACGCGUUCGAAAGGCGCCCAUCUCUGUCUUAUAGGAUUCCUUUUCUUCAAUAAAUGCAUUUCGAACAUAACAAAAAACACACACACAUUUUUUUGCAGACAAUGGGUGGCCGACAAAUGUGUGCCUCUGGUGCGAGAGAUCACAUUCCAGAAUGCGGAGGAACUGACGGAAGAGGGACUUCCGUUCAUGAUUCUAUUCAAAAAAUCCGACGAUAAAAUCAGCGAAAAAGUGUUCUCGGACGCGAUUCUCAGAGAGAUUCCCGAUCAGAGAAAAGGUACGGUUUCGGGCAGGCGUGGAAUUUGAAUAGGAACGUCAAAACACGUUUUUGCAGCGAUAAACUGUCUCGUCGGCGACGGAACGCUCUUCAAACACCCGCUGAGCCAUUUAGGCAAAAAUGAGAACGAUCUGCCGGUGAUCGCCAUCGACUCGUUCAGGCACAUGUACUUGUUCAAGAGUUUCGACGAUAUUCAGUACGCUUUUCCUUAAUUGCCACAUUUUGGUGGUGAUUUCGAGCUAUUGUUGCUGAAAAGAAAUUAUUUAUUCGCAAAAUUUUUAGUGUGCCCGGAAAACUGCGUCAAUUCGUUUUGGAUCUGCACAGCGGCAAACUUCAUCGCGAAUUCCAUCACGGACCCGAUCCGGUGGUCAGUUUGUUUUUUAACGAAAGAACAUUAUAUCGCAUUCAAAACAUUUUUUGUAAAAUGUUUCGAAACAGAAAACAAUUAUAGCCUCUACGACCCGAAAUAAUUUCAGACUGGAAAACAAGCGCCCGACACGGAACCGCCACCGUCGACGUUCGAAAAGCUGAAGCCCGCCUCUUCUCGCUACACAAUUCUCGACAAGACGGAACUCUAA